ACGACUACGACUACGACUACGACUGCCACCAUGCCUCCAGCUACCAUGCGCGCUGUCGUGCUCAAGGGCGACUACGAGGUCGCCGUCGAGGACCGCCCGUACCCCAAGCUCCAGAAACCAACCGACGUCGUGCUCAAAGUCACAUCGACCGCUCUUUGUGGCUCCGAUCUGCACUACUACCGCGGCCAUCUCAAGUGUCCACCGGGCUUCAUCUGUGGGCAUGAGUUCGUGGGGACGAUCGUCGAAAAGGGCGAUCAAGUGUCAAACUUCUCCGUUGGGGACCAGGUCGUCGUGCCCUUCUACACGGCGUGUCAGGAGUGUUACUACUGCGUCAGGGGCCAGGCCAGUCGCUGCUCCAAGGGCGAGUUGUUCGGCAACAGUGUCCCCGCGAACUCGGUCGACGGCGGGCAGGCCGAGUAUGUGCGCGUGCCGUUGGCGAACAGCACGCUUGUGAAGACCCCAAAGGGCAUCCCCGAAGAAAUGCUCGUCCUCAUGGCCGAUAUCUUCCCAACAGGCUACUUCGCGGCGUCGCGGUUUUUGAAGAAUCUGCCCCAACGCGACCGGGACGAAUUUACUACGGUGGUCAUCGGAUGCGGACCUGUCGGCAUCUGCGCCAUCACCUGUGCACUCACCAUGGUCAAGACCGUCUAUGCGAUCGAUUCUGUGCCGGAGCGUCUCGAGGAAGCCAAGAAAAUCGGCGCCAUCCCGAUCAAUUUGAACGACAACCCCGUCGAGAAGAUCAAAGCGGCCAGCGGCGGGCGUGGCGCAGACGUCGUUCUCGAAGUCGUCGGGCACUCUGACGCAUUUAUGCUGGCUUUCGACCUGAUCCGUCCGUGGGGCCAGAUCAGUUCCGUCGGCGUACACACCGAGAUGCUGCCCUUGAAUGGGCUGCUUUGUUAUGGGAAGAACGUGACCAUGGCGUUUGGCCGGUGUCCUGUGCGGAGUAUCUUCGAGGACGCGCUGGAGGUGUUGGUCAAGGAGCAGAAGAAGGUCGCGUUCUUGUGUGGGAAGACCAUGUCGCUCGAGGAUGCGCCACAGGCGUACAAGGACUUUGAGCAGAGGAAGGUGCACAAGAUCGUGUUCAAGAUGUCAGGAGACGCGGCCGGACAGAAUGUAGCCGACAAAGUGUAGGCAAGGCAGGAUAUCGUGCAGAGAAUGAGAAACGCU